GUCAGGAGUUGUUCGGCCCGAAGGGUGUACCUUGUUUGCUCCACUGUGAGUCCUGCCAAGAAGGUACCGCAUGAUGCGGAGGGUUACAUGGCUGCCUUCGAUGUGAGGUAGAGAUGGAGAAGAUGGUAUAAGUCUGCUGGAGGUCCCUGGGAAGAGUCCACCACCUCAUCCAUUCAUUUAUCCUUCUAUUGCUUACCACAGUCGUUCGCUGAUUCUGUUCUUUCACCCAUCACUCUUUAUCACCAUGCUCGCCUCUCAGCUCCUAGCCAUAGUCGCCAUGGGCACUACCGCCAUGGCCGCCCCCUCCACAAUCAAACUCCGCGCUGACGACGUCGUCCUCUAUGGCAACGGCCGCUACCAAAUCAUUAAACGCACUGAACUCAACGAGCUCGAAGCCCUCCGCAAGAACGGCACCGUCCCUCCAAUGCCCGGAAACCUCAACCCCAACCUCGUCACCUCUUCGGGUCCCAGCACGAGCGUCACCCAGAGACAAACCCGCUCCAUCCAAAAGCGCGGCAGCUCCACCAUUGUCAUCCCCAACCCCGACUCCCGCUUUCUCGGCUGGGACGUUCAAAUGUCGCAAGUCGUCUCCGGCGCGCCCACCACCAUCACCGUAUCCACAGGCUACGAGAUCUCGAACAGCAUCUCCGUCGGCACGUCCGCGACCCUUGGUAUCGUCGAGGAUUUCCUGUCUGCAUCGGUCUCCAUCGACUAUAGCCAGUCCUGGACGUCGCAGCAGUUGCAGCAAUUCGAGGGCGAUGUGCCGGCGGGCAAGUACGGCGCGUUUGUGAGCAAUCCGUGGACGAACCGGAAGAGCGGGAACGUUUUCGAGGGGACCGUGGGGAGUGAGGGGAGCUUGACGGGGUAUCAGGCGGAUAGCUUUGAGGAGAAGGCAUUUGGGCAGAUGCAGUGGGUGGAUGGGGUUAUUAGUCUUUGUGUGGGGGAUGUGUUUCCCUUGCCGAGAUGUUUGGGCGAGGGGACGCUAUAGAUUGGUAGAUGGAGAUGACGAGGCAGUGGAGCGGCCGAGAUAAUUGCGUCCGAUCUAGAGGCCAUAAGAAGCCGCG